AUGCCUGUGCCGUCAACUCCCGCUCCUCUUGCACCUUCACCUCCAUCUCAAGACGCUGCAGCCCACGCAGAAGGCAGCAAGCAGAGGCAGAUAACUUCUCGAGCCUCACCCAAGUCUUCCCAGAAAUCAGCUGCUGGUGCCUCUACGCCUGCUGCGGGAUCUAUUGCCGCUGCGUCUUCUGCAUCUGCCCCGCCAUCCCGAUCACCGCUUCCGAACAAGCAACCCAAGGUCAGCAGCACAUCUGCAAAGACAGCCGGCGCCAGUACGCCUCUGCCUCGUCUGUCUGCACCCUCCGUCGAUAAAAUGGCCAUGGCGGCCGUCAUCAGCCCUUCUCCCACGGCGGAGGCACCAAAGAUUUCCAUGACAUCCAAAGAAUGGGUCAUUCCGCCUCGUCCCAAACCUGGUCGUAAACCUGCAACGGAUACGCCGCCAACCAAGCGCAAGGCACAGAACCGUGCUGCUCAGCGCGCUUUCCGUGAGAGGCGGGCUGCCCGUGUUGGGGAACUGGAGGUUCUGCUUGACGAGCAAAAGGAUUCUCAUCAGCAAGAGGAAGUGAAGCUCAAGGAGAAGAUCCAUAGUCUUGAGUUGGAUCUCCAAUCUUUCCGGUCUCGAUGUUUGCUCUUGGAGAAUAUGCUUGAACGUGAGCGCCAGGAGCGCAUCCGCGCCGAGACCCAGGCGGAGUCUCUCAAACGAAGACACGGUGAUGACUUCUUUCGAUCCCAGAGCAUAAGCGUCCCUCGCCACUCACACAGUCAACCGCACAGCCCUGUACAUCGCCAAAGCCGUCAUAGUCUCUCUGACGGGCGCAAUGAACACCUCUCACAAGGCAGAAACUUCUCCAUCUCCCACAUCAUUACUCCCCCAGACAGCUUGGACAUCAGCUCCAACAACCCCGUGGCCGACGCUGCCAUCACUUGCGGCAACUGCUCGCCGAAUGGCCGAUGUGCCUGUGCGGAAGAAGUCCUCGCUUCUGCGUCGACUGGUUGCGGAAAAUGCGGUUUCGGCACGACUUGUCAAUGCCUAGAUGACAUGACAAGCAAUGUCGCCGCAGGGCAGGACUUGAAGCGAUCCGCCUCACCCUCUGCCGCGUCAUCUAACAGCAAGCGACAGCGGUCAAAUGUUGCAGCCCAUAUAAUUAAUGAGACGGACUUUACAGCCAUGUUCUCAAGAAAGUCUACGUCCCACACAACACCCCAAUCUCCCUUUGACCAACCCCCAUCAGAGACUCGGGUGCCCUCCGAAGAAUCCAUGGCAUUCAAAGAAAGCUGCGGUUUCUGCAAAGACGGGACCUAUUGCGUCUGCGCCGAGGACGCCGCUGGAAUGGCCACUCCAGCCAUGACUCCCACCGAAUCCAUACAGCCCAUCUCUCACCAAACCCAAACCCCCCCUCCGUCAGAGCCCGAAGUCCUUCCUCCCCCUCUAGCAAUGGAAAUGACUGCCGACGGAGCCGUCAAGCUUCCCCGCAGAAUCCAAGGCAAGAAACCAGUACACAAAGCAUCUUCCUCAUCCAAAGGCGGUUGCGGUACCAACGGGCCCGGCACAUGCGCUCAGUGCCAAGCAGACCCCAAGUCCGGUCUAUUCUGUCGCCUUAUGAACGCCAAAUACAGCCGCGAGCAAGGCUCCAGCGGCGGUUGCUGCGGUGGGAAAGGCGCCGGCGGAGGAUGCUGCAAGUCCAAGGUUCCUGAGAAAAUCACUCUCCCCAGUCUGCCUAGCCUAGGACUCAGCUGCGCUGAGGCAUAUCAGACUCUGUCUAGCCACAGAAACUUUUCAAAAGCGGCAGAUGACAUUUCGUCUUGGCUUCCAAAGUUGAAAACCACGCAGCAUGCGGGGCGGAUUGCGCCGGGGAGGCAGGCGAUUGAGGUAGAGGCGGCUAGUAUCAUGAGUGUGUUGAAGGAGUUUGACGUUCGGUUUGGGAGAGAAUGUUGA